GUUUUUCCUUAAAACUCUUUGCAUUUUUCUUUUCCUUUUUGUUUUUUCACAUUUUCCCCCACUAACAACAGAAAUUAACCUUUUCCACUACCCUUUUCAAUCUCUUGCAUCUCCAAUCCAGAAAGCAAUCAAAAUGUUGAAUUUACUAUUGUUGUUGUAGCCUUUACAGGAUACAAUUCUUUCCUUAGGAUUUUCCAAUCAUGUGCUUCUUCAACACCAGACAGGGCGAACUUUCUUUGUUCCUCCAAAGCCUCUGUUCAACGGUUCAACCCGACCAACAACCUUAAACCCCUGCAAUUUCUCGUUAUAUAUUUUCACUUGUGUUUUCGUUAAAUUCUAUGUACUGGUAGGACAACUCCCAGGAUUGCUGAAGUAGCUGAUUGCUUGGCUCUUCUUUCGUUUGAAGUGCCACCUUUUGCCUGCAGAUAUAGUUCGGGAAGUGCCCAUCAUUGCGGUGCGUAUUCUUUGCCUUCAGUUUCAUCCCCUUGACGUGCUUAACGUUAACUUUGCCUUGAUUCUUGUAUUGGGUUGAGGGUAAAGCGGAUUUAAACUUUAAUAACUUUGCUCACCAAACGUUCAACGCGUUUUAUUGACUGGUUGGUUGGUUUUGUGUUUGCUAAAGCACAUUGAGCGUUGGAGGUCUUAAAUUGUAGCUUCUUUUGGACUUGGAAGUCUGCCUAUAUUGUCUUUCCAAUCUUCUUCAGCACAUACAGUGCUGAUUUUCGCGGAAAAUUUGAUAAUAUGAAUGCUGGGAAUUGCUGUUCAAGAUUUUUGAAGUGGUGUGUCUGGUGAGGUUUGCUUGUGGAUUCUGUUUUGUGCAUUUCAGGGCUCUAGUCUGUGGUGAUUGUGAGAAUUUGGAUAUUGGGAUCUGUAUUAAAUUGUUUGAAGUUCUGGGGCUGGUGGGUUUUACUUGUUGAUGCGUUACCGUACAUCUUCAGCUUUAAUUAUUGGUGAUUCAAUCAUUUGGAUAUUGGAGAUUGAUAUUAGAGGUUCUGGGAGUUGUGGAUUUAUUGGGUUUCAGUUUUUGAAGCUGUGCACUUGGUCAAAUGGGAAGUAAUGGGGUUGAUCAUUUGUCAAAAGGCGUUAGCAACCAAGAAGUUGAUAUGGAUUUUGAGCAGACUGGUAGUGUUGAUGAAUCAGUAGUGGAAAAGGAGUCUGCGGAUGAACGGUCUAAUGCAGGUUCUUUUCAGGAGGCAGAUGAUCAGAACAAUUCAGUGCAGCAGUCGAGUGUUGAUGAAUCAGUGGUGGAAAAGGAUUCUGCGGAUGAACAGUCUAAUGCAGGUUCUUUUCAGGAGGCAGAUGAUCAGAACAAUUCAGGGCAGCGGUCAGCUUUAGAGAUUUCUCACUCGAAAGAACUGAAUGUUAGUUCUUCACCUCUAAGAGGCCUGGAUCAUUGUAUCACUGCACCUAUCAGCAUUAACAGAAAUCUGCUAAUUGAUGACCAUGAGGUUUCAUUAUCUAGAUCCAUGACGGAGAAGAAGGAGGCUCCAAGGCAUGAUUUAAAGUUGGAUAGACUGUCGGAGCGUGAAAAGAAAAAGCUAAUUGUGAACCUAGUCAAGAUACAAAAUGAUGGGACAGUAGAAGUUGAUAUCACUAAAGGUGCACCAGUUGCUUCAGAGUUGCUGGAGCUUCACACUGCUGAAAGGGCACAUAUAAAUGUUGUUGAUCUCACUUGUGAAUCGAAUAAAUCAAUUCCCAGGUUGAAAAUUGCCAUUCUUGUGGUUGGAACAAGAGGAGAUGUACAGCCUUUCCUAGCUAUAGCAAAGAGACUUCAGGAGUUUGGUCAUCAUGUAAGGUUGGCUACUCAUGCUAACUUCAGCACGUUUGUAAGGUCAGCUGGGGUGGACUUCUAUCCUUUAGGUGGUGAUCCUCGGGUUUUGGCAGGAUAUAUGGCCAGAAAUAAAGGUUUCAUACCGUCUGGACCAGGAGAAAUAUCCAUACAAAGGAAGCAACUGAAGGCCAUUAUUGAAUCUCUCCUUCCAGCAUGCACAGAACCAGAUAUGGAAACUGGUGUCCCUUUUAAAGCUCAGGCAAUUAUUGGAAACCCUCCAGCUUAUGGACAUGCACAUAUUGCUGAAGCUCUUGGUGUACCCCUUCACAUUUUCUUCACAAUGCCUUGGACGCCGACUUAUGAAUUCCCUCACCCAUUGGCACGUGUACCUCAAAGUGCUGGUUAUUGGCUUUCAUAUAUUGUUGUGGAUUUACUGAUUUGGUGGGGCAUAAGGGGAUAUAUUAACGACUUCAGGAAACGAAAGUUGAAGCUUGCUCCUAUUGCAUACUUCAGUACGUACCAUGGGUCAAUAUCUCAUUUGCCAACAGGCUAUAUGUGGAGUUCCCAUCUAGUGCCAAAGCCAAAAGAUUGGGGCCCUUUAGUUGAUGUCGUUGGUUAUUGUUUCUUAAACCUUGGGUCGAAGUAUCAACCUCAAGACGAUUUUCUUCAAUGGAUUCAAAAAGGAUCUGAACCGAUAUAUAUUGGAUUUGGGAGCAUGCCUCUCGAAGAUCCCAAGAAAACGACAGAUAUUGUAUUGGAGGCAUUAAAAGAUACAAAGCAAAGAGGAAUAAUAGACCGAGGCUGGGGAGGUCUUGGGUAUCUUACAGAGGUUCCUGACAAUAUUUUCCUCAUAGAGGAAUGCCCGCACGAUUGGUUGUUUCCCCAAUGUUCGGCCGUGGUUCAUCAUGGUGGUGCUGGAACCACGGCUACAGGGCUAAAAGCUGGGUGUCCGACAACCAUAGUUCCAUUCUUUGGAGAUCAGUUCUUCUGGGGAGAUAGAGUACAUCAAAAAGGGCUGGGACCUGCACCAAUUCCAAUAUCUCAGCUCAGCGUCGAGAGCCUUUCAAAUGCUAUAAAUUUCAUGCUCCAGCCAGAGGUUAAAUCUCAAGCAAUGGAACUGGCGAAGUCGAUAGAGAAUGAAGAUGGUGUUGCGGCUGCAGUAGAUGCAUUUCACCGGCAUUUACCUUCAGAGUUACCCAUGCCUACUGCAUCCUUUGAGGAAGAUGAACAACAAAACCCUCUGCAAUGGUUUUUUCUACAAAUUGGAAAGUUGUGCUGCCUGUCUUGUGGUUUGUAGAGUUCUUGCCGUAUUUUGUAGUGUUUGUAUAGUCGUGUCCCAUUUUUUAUUUGUCAUGUUAUUUAUAUCAAUUUUUCCUUCGAUUUCAUUCAUUUCAUUCAAUGGCUUCCCUUAGGGUUUGAGUUGACGAAAUUUAGAUACGAGUGAUAUUACAGGAUAGCAUAGAUUUUUCUCCCAGAUUGCCUAGCAGUGUUUGGCUUAUUUCUUGAUGUAGAAUAGAUAUAUAUCAGUAAACUUUGGUCAUAUUAGACCAUUUUGUGGGU